AUGUCUAUGGGCAAGUUUCGACCGAAUUUAGUCAUUAGUGACUGGGACGAAACUAUAACGGUACAUGAUACAAUUCAAAAUGUUGCACAGGUACCAUACAUAGCGAAUCCCAAUCUUGAGCCAAAGUUCAGUCAUUAUUCAAAGAUAUAUAUAGACAACUAUGCUUCCUAUGAAUCGCAAUUUGGUCCGCUUGAAAAAUUGAAUGAUUAUGUUCGUUUUCAAAAGGGAAUGAGGCCAAUUGAAAUGAGCUCGAUACUGGCUUUGGAGAAGGAUCUCAUUUUCAAAGGUUUGAAACCAGAUCAGUUUCGAGAACAAGCCAUAGAUGUAGUAUUACGACCUGGUGUGAUUGAGUUUAUUAAAAUGUGUCAAGAAGAGAAAAUACCAUUCAUUAUACUUAGUGUCAACUGGACAAGCUUAAUUAUUGAGCAAGUAUUGAAAAUGCAUGGUGUUGAAGAGAUUAACAUUAUUACUAAUGAGUUUGAGUUUCACGAUGGAGAGACUACGGGAUUUUGGUUGAGUGAUCAAGUUGUUCGUACCUCGGAAGAUAAGUUGAGAUUUGUUAAGAAGUUAGCCAAGGGUGAGGACAAAGUGAUGUAUAUUGGUGAUAGUUUGACCGAUUUGUUGCCCAUCUUGUUUGUAAAAUACCCCUGUGCCAUUGAGAAUACUAAAUUGAACAACUUCUUAUCUAUUAUGAAAAUUGACCAUGUUACUGGCAAUUGGCUAGAUUUUAUAGAAAAAGUAGAAACAAAGUGA